AUGCGUGGCAGAUGGGCCACUGGUGGUGGUGGUGGCGGUGGUGGCGAUGACGGUCAUCUAUCGACCGAUGCCCCAACGCGAGAGAGCGAUCGAGUGGUGUGGGAAGGUAAGCUUAAGACGACAACUGAAAGUGUUGCGAAAAUGUGGCACUGGGAGAUGGUUGAUGCGUGGAACAAGUACUUAGAGAGGAAACGUAAUGCCACCACCACCACCACUGUCACCGGUACCACGUCCCUGGCGCCACUGUGUUAG